CGCCUUUUCACCUCAUAAACACAAACAAAACGAAUGGAAAUUCAACUAUUCGACAUUUUGACCAUUUUGUUUCUUAUUUGUUUGGCAAAUAGAAGGGAUAUUAGAGGCAGAGCACAAUACAAUACGAUAAUACGAAAUAAAUUUGUGUCUGCCCAAGCUCAACUUGGAUCUUAGAUAAAAUAGAAGUAUUCUAAUUAGGAGGACCAAGAAUAAAGAAUCCUAGUUUAAGGGCUUAAGGCUUGGGUUUGAGUUGAUGGUGGACACUAAUAGUGAGUGGUGAACCUAUUGAUUGUUUUAGAUCUACUUUAUACGUGUCCAAAGCAGAGUACAUAAAAUCAGAAUCAAAUAUGGAAAUGAAACAAGAAGCUAGCGAGACAACUCGUGAAAUAAAAGUGGAUGAGACGUGCGUUGGUCCUUUGGAUUCCUUCAAGAUUGAAAUCAAGGAAGAGCCUAAGAGAGAAACUGCAAACAAUGCUUUUGAUUAUUUAGACUCAAAAAAUGCGGUGUUCCUAAAAACUGAAGUAGAACAAGAUGAAUAUAAAUUUACACCAUUUGAAGAAAAGCAAACAAGGAAUGAAGAAAGUAAAAGUUGUUUCCAAGAAGAGAACGAAAUUAAAAUUAUUGAAACAUUCACUGCACAUUCAUCUCAUACAGGAAACUAUACAGGUCAUCACAUUGAAGGUCGUUCCCAAGAAGAUAACGAAAUGAAAAUGAUUGAAACAAUAACUGCACAUUCAUCUCAUACAGGGAACUAUACAGGUCAUCACAUUGAAGGUUAUUCCCAAGAAGAGAACAAAAUGAAAAUUAUUGAAACAUUAACUGCACAUUCAUCUCAUACAGGAAACUAUACAGGUCAUCACAUUGAAGGUUGUUCCCAAGAAGAUAACGAAAUGAAAAUGAUUGAAACAUUAACUGCACAUUCAUCUCAUACAGGAAUCUAUACAGGCCUACAUCACAUUGAAGGUUGUUCCCAAGAAGAGAACCAAAUGAAAAUGAUUGAAACAUUUCAUUCGUCUCAUAAAGGAGAAUAUACAGGUCAUCACAUUGAAGGUUGUUCCCAAGAAGAGAACAAAAUGAAUAUUAUUGAAACAUCAACUGCACAUUCAUCUCAUACAGGAAACUAUACAGGUCAUCACAUUGAAGGUUGUUCCCAAGAAGAGAACAAAAUGAAAAUUAUUGAAACAAUACAUUCGUCUCAUAACGAAAAAUAUACAGGUCAUCACAUUGAAGAAAACAUAUUAAAUAAACAUUUGAAAGUUGGGACUGGACAGAGACCUUACAAAUGUGAAAUUUGUUUCAAGCAGUUUAUUAAAACAAGUCAUUUAAAAGCACAUUUGAGAGUGCAUACUCGAGAAAAAUUGUACAAGUGUGAAACUUGUUUAAAAGAGUUUAUUACUUCAAGUCAGUUGAAUAGACAUUUGAAAGUACACGCUGAGGACAAACCGUUUAAGUGUGAAGCUUGUUUCAGACAAUAUGUUGAUGCUAGUAGCUUGAAAAUACAUUUAAGAGUACACACUGGAGAAAAACCGUACCAGUGUAAAAUUUGUUUUAAACAAUUUAGUAGAACAAGUACUUUGAACAAACAUUUGAGAGUGCACGCUGGAGAAAAAUCUCGCGUGAAAAAGUGUGAAAUUUGUUUUAUUACGACAACUGAUUUGAAAAAACACUUGAGACUGCACACUGGAGAAAAACCGUACAAGUGUGAAACUUGCUUAAGACAGUUUGCUGAUGGCAGUAGUUUGAAAGUACACUUAAGAGUGCACACUGGAGAAAAACCGUACAAGUGUGAACAUUGUUUAAAGCAGUUUAUGAGUGCAAGUAAUCUGAAAAUACACCAGAGAUUGCACACUGGGGAAAAACCACAUAAGUGUGAAACUUGUUUAAAGCAGUUUAUUACGAAAAGUCAGUUGAAAAAACAUUUGAGAGCACAUACUGGUGAAAAACCGUACAAGUGUGAAACUUGUUUUAAACAGUUUGGUGAAGCAGGUAGUUUGAAAGCACAUUUGAGAUUGCACACUGGAGAAAAACCACACAAGUGUGAAAUCUGCUUGAAACAAUUUAAUACAACAAGUCAUUUAAACACACAUUUGGCAACACACAGUGGAGAAAAGCCUUAUGAUUGUGAAAUUUGUUGCAAGCAAUUUUCUAAAACCAGUAAUUUGAAAAUUCACUUGAGAGUGCACACUGGAGAAAAACCCCACAAGUGUGAGACUUGUUUAAAGCAGUUUAUUACAAUGAGUCAAUUGAAAAAACAUUUGAGAGUGCACACCGGAGAAAAACCACACAAGUGUGAAAUUUGUUUCAGGCAAUUUACUACAGCAAGUGAUUUAAAAGUACACUUGAGAGUGCACACUGGAGAAAAACCAUACAAAUGUGAAAUCUGUUGUAAGAAAUUUUCUCAACUAGGUCAUGCCAAAGAACAUGUGACAUCGCACACGUCGCACAGUGGAGAAAAACCUUACAACAAGUGUGAAAUUUGUUUUAAGCAAUUUCUUACAACAAAAAGUUUAAAACAACACGUGAGACGACACACUGGACAAAAACCAUACAAGUGUGAAAUUUGUUUUAAACCAUUUUCUCAACUAAGUCACGUCAAAGAACAUAUGACGUCGCACACUGGAGAAAAACGUUACAAGUGUAAAAUUUGUUUAAAGGAAUUUACUACAGCAAGUGUUUUGAAAAGACACUUGAGAGUGCACACUGGAGAAAAACUGUGCAAAUGUGAAAUUUGUUUUAAGCAGUUUACUAGAACAACUGAUUUGACAAAACACUUGAGACUGCACACUGGAGAAAAACCAUACAAGUGUGAAAUUUGUUUGAGGCAAUUUGUUGAUUCUGGUAAUUUGAAAAAACAUUUGAGAGUGCACACUGGAGAAAAACCGUUUAAGUGUGAAACCUGUUUAAAGCAGUUCAUGAGUACAAGUAAUCUGAAAAUACACUUGAGAGUGCACACUGGGGAAAAACCGCACAAGUGUGAAACUUGUUUAAAGCAGUUUACUUGGAAAAGUCAGUUGAAAACUCAUUUGAGAGUGCACACUGGAGAAAAACCGUAAAAGUGUGAAACUUUACAAGUGAGCCCAUCAGAAUCAAAACCUGCUAAAUCCUAAAUUUUUCGUUUUCCCUUUUUUUUUACACAAUUUCAAAGUUCAAGUAUCUAUUAAUCUACAGGCAUAAGGUUUCGGCUCAAAACCUUCUAAAUACCACUCAAAUGUUAACGUAGAAUCAAACCUUGCUAUGUCCAUAGUUUUAUGAACAAUAAAAUACCUCUUUUUCUCGUAUAUUUUGUAUGUUUACCUAUCAACAUGGUUCAAUAUCUACUUUUAGUGCAUUAAUUUCGUGUAAAAGCAAAAGCAGUUUUAAAUGAGCAAUAUUAUGAGGGUUUAGAAUCAAAAUCUGCUAAAUCCAAACUAAAAGUACAUAUUUCUGAAGAUGUAUGGGACAUGCAGAAAAAUGACUAUGCCAAAUUCGUGUGCUAUUUUAUGACAUUUAUUAAUGCUACUUUGAUUAAGAAAUGCCGGAUACUUUUUGGGAAAUUUACAUUUUCAAUAUUUUUUUAGUCUCCUGAAAAAUUUCAAAUAAUGAAUCUAGCAGGUUUUGAUUCUACAGGCCUCAAGUCUGAAUUUUUUUAAAGCGUGAAAUUUAUUGAAAUAGAACCCAAUGGAGGGACUGAGGGAGGGACACCCAGUGGAGAAAAACCUUACAAGUUUGAAAUUUGUUUUACUACAACUGUUGUGCAUGUUUAUUGGAUAUAUGUAUACAAUCGUCACAAAAAGUAUCCCAUAAAUGUAUUAAGUCGGAAGUUUCGAUUAGUAUCUCCUAAAUUUUUUGGAAAUGCCAGCAUAAAAUAAAUGCUAGCAUAAAAUAAAAUUGUGGACGUUUAAAAACUGGCUUGUGCAUCUAUGCAUGAUAUGCUACGCUGAGAGCUAAGUACAGUCAUUAGGUAUAUAAAAUUUGUGCAUUUAUACCGAAAUACACUGACCGGCACAAAAAACGGCCGUCCCACAAAAUUGGUCUUUUUUGAUGUCUCGAAUUUCCUGAACCUGUUGUCCGAUUUAAGUGAUUUUUUUAAUAUGUCAUAGCCUUAUUCUUUAUCAAUAUCGCUGUAAUAAUAUUGUUGCCAGACAGGUAAACUAUCAUUGUAUACCAGGUGUACCAAUCAAACUGUGUUUUUUUCUCAAAGUUCACCACACACUGUGGAAUAUUCUAGCAUUUAUAAAAUACUGAAAUUAAAACCCAACUAUAGCCUGAGGUUUUUUUAACAUUCUGUUUUUUGAUUCAUUCGCUUACGUUGGAUAAUAAAAAAGUUUGGUACUUUAACAACUAGCCAUGUUCUUCAUCAAUACAGGGUGUUUCUAAUAAGUGUGACAAACUUUAAGGGGCAAUUCUGCAUGAAAAAAUAUUGACCGUUUGAUUUAUAAACAUAUGUCCGCAAAUGCUUACUUUCCUUUUCCGAGAUACGGGAUGUUGAAUUUUUUUUUACAAACUGAUGAUUUACUUAUGGCUCUAAAACCGGUUGAGAUAUGCAAAUGAAAUUUGGUAGGUUUUAAGAGGUUGUUAUUGCGCAUUUUUUGACAUGAAAUUAAGAAUUUUAUAUUCAUCAUUGGCGUUCAUGCGGGCAAUAUUACCCGUUAUAUUACCCGUAUGCGCGCCAAUGGAGAAUAUAAAAUUCCUAAUUGCAUGUCAAAAAAUGUGCAAUAACUGUCUCUUAAAACCUACCAAAUUUCAUUUGCAUAUCUCAACCGGUUUUAGAGCCAUAAGUAAAUCAUCAGUUUGUAAAAAGAAAUUCAACAUCCCGUAUCUCGGAAACGAAGCAUUUGCGGACAUAUGUUUAUAAAUCAAACGGUCAUUAUUUUUUCAUGCAGAAUUGCCCCAGUUUGUCGCACUUAUUAGAAACACCCUGUAUUGAUGAAGAACAUGGCUAGUUGUUAAAGUACCUAACUUUUUUAUUAUGCAACGUAAGCGAAUGAAUCAAAAAACAGAAUGUUAAGAAAACCUGAGGCUAUAGUUGGGUUUUAAUUUCAGUAUUUUAUAAAUGCUAGAAUAUUCCACAGGGCGUGGUGAACUUUGAGAGAAAAACACAGUUUGAUUGGUACACCCGGUAUACAAUGAUAAUUUAUCUGUCGAGCAACAAUAUUAUUACAGCGAUAUUGAUAAUGAAUAAGGCUAGAACAUAUUAAAAAAAUCACUUAAAUCGGACAACAGCUUUAGGAAAUUAGAGACAUCAAAAAUGACCCAUAUUUGUGGGGUGGCCGUUUUUGUGCCGGUCAGUGUAGUACAGCGAAAAUAACCCAACUGGUACUUGUCUUGUUUUGGCAGAACUAGAAUAUUGUAAAAUGUAAAUAUUAUUUUAUAUUUUGAUAGAAAACUGUAGGUACAUAUAUACAUGUAUCUGUUUUUGGCUGAAUA